GGGCCACCCACCACGGACAGGAAGAACAGGCUCGAGAUCGUCAGCCUCUCACCCGCUUCUUGACAUUCGCCUUGGGCUUCCAGCCUGCCACAGAGCCUUUCGCACGCCUUCCAGCCCUCCCGGACAGACGGCCAACCUACUCUCUCUCUCUCAUUGAAUCUCGCCCGUGUUCCGCCCUCUCACCCACCGGAGGCACGAGGCCACCUGCUCAACCUGUCGACCCUUCCCGGUUCCUCCCCGGGUCCUCCGUACCCUCUUUACCCGUUAGGUUACCGAAGGGCCGCCAGACAAUCGAUCCUCGGAGGCUGGUGCCUCCCCGCCCACUCCUUGACCGUGGUGCUUGGACGUAAGUAGAGAUUCACGGAUCCGAACCUCCGGUAGCCAGUCCUCCGUGAGUGAGUGAGUGAGUGAGGCGCCCCCGGUCAUCAUGUCUGGUUUAACCCCGUGAUCUCGCCUUCAACCCUUUACCCCCUCCCACCCUCCCUGAAAUUCAUCGGGGAGUAGUUGGUCCCUCCCCACAUCGGCCAAUCUCGCAUCAGAAGGUGUUUCUGAGUCUCGAUCAGGCGCGAGUGGAAGGAAUCGGUCAUGAAAAUGGUCUUGUCCCAGCGACAAAGAGAGGAACUGAACAAGGCCAUCGCCGAGUAUCUCCAGAGCAAUGGAUACAACGAUGCCUUGGAACACUUUAAACGUGAGAGUGAUAUGCCCGGUGACAUUGACAAGAAGUUCACCGGAUUGCUCGAGAAGAAAUGGACGUCAGUCAUUCGCUUGCAGAAAAAGGUGAACGAAUUAGAGGCCAAAUUGACCGAGGCCGAGAAGGAGUUCAUUUCCGGGGCUCCCACACGAGAAAAGCGCUCCCCGGGCGAAUGGAUUCCGCGCCCACCAGAAAAAUACGCUUUGUCCGGCCAUCGGGCGCCCGUCACCAAAGUACUCUUCCAUCCCAUUUUCAGCCUCGUGAUAUCCGCCUCAGAGGACUCCACCCUCAAAGUUUGGGACUUUGAGACUGGCGACUUCGAGCGUACUCUCAAAGGUCACACGGACUCCGUGCAAGAUGUCGCUUUUGAUGCGCAGGGCAAGUUUCUCGUCUCGUGCUCGGCGGACAUGUCUAUCAAGGUAUGGGAUUUUCAAACAUAUGACUGCAUAAAGACACUUCAGGGUCACGACCACAAUGUGAGCAGUGUUUGUUUUGUGCCUUCCGGCGACCACAUCAUUUCAUCCAGUCGCGACAAAUCUAUCAAGAUGUGGGAGGUGGCCACCGGCUAUUGUGUCAAGACCUAUAAGGGUCAUCGAGAAUGGGUGCGCAUGGUUCGAGUCUUUUCGGACCAAUACAUUGCAUCGUGCUCCAACGACCAGACAGUGCGCGUCUGGGCACUUCAAACCAAAGAUUGCAAACUGGAACUAAGGGAGCACGAUCAUGUGGUCGAAUGUUUAGCUUGGGCCCCUGAAUCCGCCACGGGGGCCAUCAAUGAAGCUGCCAACGAGGACAACAAAUCCGAAGGAGGCAAGUUCAUCGGUCCAUUCUUGGCCUCGGGCUCCAGGGACAAGACCAUCAAGAUCUGGGACAUCACGUCCGGGUCAUGUUUGUUCACGCUCGUGGGCCACGACAAUUGGGUGCGCGGAUUGGUGUUUCAUCCGGGGGGUAAAUAUUUGCUCUCGGCCAGUGAUGACAAGACCAUGCGAGUGUGGGAUGUGGCUCAUAAACGAUGUCAGAAGAGGCUCGAUACGCACACGCACUUCUGCACGUCCUUGGAUAUCCAUCGCUCCGGGCCUUAUGUGGUCACGGGAAGCGUAGACCAAACGGUGAAAAUUUGGGAAUGCCGCUAGACGACUACAUCUCACCAAUGUCCCCAGAGGAUAUCCUCCUCUUCGUCAAGGAUAUGCUGCCCCCACCCCCUCCCUCAAUUACCACAGUUCCCCAUUUAUUUUGGUUUGGCUAACAAAUGGGGCUGAGGGGAGUCGGGGAAACUGGAUGCCUGGUUGAAAUUAACCCCAUGUAGCACGUUGUCUGGAGACGCGUUCGAACUCAAAUACACCCUCAGCCUUCCAGAUUGUCCUGCGCUUUAUACUACCUGACACUGUUCGCCUGAUUUAUGACUAAUUUGACACCCCAAGAUGGAUGAAAUUCUUCAUUCGUUUUAUUCUCGUAUCAUGCUUAACAUGGUGCCCUUCCAAACAACUUUCUCGUCUACUUCUUCUGUUACUAGUCGUCCUUUCUGCGCUUCCUACAUGGAACUCUCUCCAAUCGACUCCUCGCAAUCAUUUUGUCUUAUGGACACGAUGUGCGAUGAGGUUGUCCUGUAGGAUGAGAACACUUGCACAGGUUCCAUUUGAGAUGGAUUAUUUCGGAAUCCCUACACACUCAUUUCCAUUCGUGAAAAGAUCUGUGGUAAGUGUGGACAUAUAGACUCUUGGCUCUCUCACUCUCGGCCCCAAUCACCAUCAUUCCCCGACUGCAUUCCAGACUGGAGCGAAGCACAGAGACCAUAAACCUUACUUGGUGUUUCAAGCAAAUUAUCAAUGGCCACCCAAACUACUAUUAUUC